CCCCCGCCCGCCGGGCACCGUGGAGAGCGCAACUGCAGGGAACGGAGCAGCCCCGGAUCCCAGGGCCAGCUUGGAUGCGGAGGUUGCAGCCCAAGGAACCACAAGCAUGAGCCAUGAGCCAAAGUCACCUUCUCUAGGAAUGCUUUCAACAGCGACCCGGACCACCGCCACCGUCAGCCCCCUGACCCCUUCUCCUCUCAAUGGCUCCCUUGUGCCCAGUGGCAGCCCGGCAGCCAACAGCAAUUUGUCAGUCCAGUCCGCGCCCUCUUCCAGCUUUGCUGCCGCCCUGCGCAAGCUUGCCAAACAGGCUGAGGAACCCAGAGGCUCUUCAAUAAGCAGCGAGUCGUCUCCAGUCUCCUCACCAGCCACUAACCACAGCUCCCCCGCAAGCACACCCAAACGGGGACCAAUGGGGCCUCUCAUCGUCCCGCCAGGAGGGCACAACGUACCGAGCACGCCUCCGGUGGUGACCAUUGCACCCACCAAAACUGUGAAUGGCGUCUGGAGAAGUGAAGGACGGCAGCAAGAAGCUGGGUCUCGGAGCAGCGGAGGAAACAGCAGCGCCAGCAGCAGGGACCGCCUGAUUGCUGAGGCACCACUACCCCAGGAGAAGGCCAGUGGCCCAACAGUCCCUUCUCACUUGCUCGGGACCCCUUAUUCCUUUGGGAUCCCACCGAACUCCAUUGUUCAGGAUUCCCGCUUCCCACAUCUUAACAGCUUGCAGCGGCCUGUUCACCAUGUGGUGCCUCCCAGUGCGGUCACAGAAGACUAUCUGCGGAGCUUCCGGCCUUAUCAUACAGCUGAAGAGCUCCGCAUGUCCUCCUUGCCUCCCAUUGCUCUUGAUCCGGCCACUGCCGCUGCAUACUACCAUCCCAGUUACCUGGCUCACCAUCCUUUUCCUCACCCAGCGUUCAGAAUGGACGAUUCCUACUGCCUGUCAGCUCUGCGUUCCCCUUUCUAUCCAAUUCCAACACCUGGUUCACUCCCACCCCUUCAUCCAUCAGCAAUGCACCUCCACCUGUCUGGAAUGAGAUACCCCACUGAACUGUCUCAUUCAUCUCUCUCUGCGCUUCAGUCUGAACGCAUCUCCAGCUUGACUGCAGAAAGGUUGCAAAUGGAUGAAGAAUUGCGGCAGCGGGAACGAGAGAAGGAACGAGAACGGGAAGCUGACCGGGAGCGAGAGAGGGAGCGGGAGAGGGAACGAGAGCGAGAGAAAGAGCUAGAACGGGAACGCGAAAAAGAGAGGGAAAGGGAACGGGAACGGGAGCUGGAGCAGCAGCGAGAGAGAGCCCGGGAGAAGGAACAGAAUAUUGUCAAAGCCAUGGAGGUCCCUUUCCUACCUGUGUCGUCAGAAUUACACGGGCUGAGGAGCCAUCUGCCAGAAGAACGUGUCAAACCGACUGAACAGCUAACGCCAAACCGAGCAGAGAAACCCAAGGAUUCUUCUGCCAUCCAGACCCCCAAGCCAGUCCAACAUCCUUUGCAUCAAUCAUCUACUCCUCACCAUCCUGUGCCCAGCCUCAUUUCCAGCCACAGUAUCUUCCCCUUGCCUGGAAGCAGUGCAGCCACAGCACUUCUCAUCCAACGCACCAACGAGGAAGAGAAGUGGCUGGCACGGCAGAGACGGCUGCGGCAGGAGAAGGAGGAUCGCCAGUCCCAGGUGUCAGAGUUUCGGCAGCAGGUGCUGGAGCAGCAUUUGGACAUUGGGCGCCCAUCAACCCAAAUGGAAGCAGAGCAUCGGCCAGAGAACCCCAGAUUGGGACCAAAUUGCCCUGAACCAAGCAACCGAGACCAACAGCAGCAUUUUGGAGGGCCGCCUCCACUCAUCUCCCCAAAGCCUCAGCACCAUACUGUCCCAACGUCUCUUUGGAACCCGGUCUCUUUAAUGGAUAACACCACUGUGCCCCGAAGAAUACAAGAGAGUCACUCUCUCCAAGGCCAUACCACCCAAUAUGAGCCUAGCCGGAAAGCCACCCCCCUUGUGAAGGUAGAACGGGUCUACUGUUCAGAGAAACUGGAGGAAGGGCCCAGGAAAAGAGAAGCCCUGGACAAGUACCAGCCAGCCAGGGAGUCUGGGGGAUCGGAUCACGGCAGUUUUUCCCAUGGGCCAUUCUUAGCGGAACUAGAGAAAUCCACACAGACUAUUUUGAACCAGCAGAGGACAUCGCUCUCUCAGAGUGGACAGUUUGCUGACAUCAGCUUGAACAGCAAGCCUGGUUCGCCCUACAGGCAUCCAUUAUCCAGGGGCUAUGACCCCAUGUAUGUUUAUGACGAAUUCUUGCAACAGCACCGCAAGCUGGUCAGCAAACUGGAUCUGGAAGAGAAGAGGCGGAGAGAAGCUCAGGAAAAAGGUUAUUAUUAUGAUCUGGAUGACUCCUAUGAUGAGAGCGACGAAGAGGAAGUACGGGCCCACUUGCGAUGUGUCGCAGAGCAACCACCAUUGAAGUUGGACACCUCCUCAGAAAAACUGGAAUUCUUGCAACUUUUUGGACUGACCACUCAACAACAGAAGGAGGAGCUGCUGACUCAAAAACGAAGGAAAAGGCGGAGAAUGCUGCGAGAAAGAAGCCCCUCUCCACCAACCGUGCAGAAUAAACGCCGGACACCAUCUCCCCGUUUUGUGCUCUCAACACGUUACAGCCCUGAUGAAAUGAACAACAGUCCAAAUUUUGAGGAGAAAAAGCGGUUCCUCACUACUUUCAAUUUAACUCACAUCUGCGUUGAGAAAAGAAAAGAUAAAGAGAAACUGGUAGAGAUGCUUCACGCCAUGAAACAGAAAAGUGCCUCCACAUCAGUGACAGUGAAAAGCUCACCACGGGACAGUCCUACCAUUGCCCAGGCUGAGCCACAAGUGCAGCAAACUGCUGUGGAAUCAGAUAAACCGGUCGGCAUCGCUGCUGCUUCUCUGCCAGAGACUCAGAAGACAGCUGAGCCCAGCAGAAUAGAACAGCUGAGACCGCAUGAGCUUCAGAGAGCCAAGGAGACUAUUCCUGUCUCAGUUGAGAAGCCCAAGUUGAGUGAUGGGCACACAGCCAAGAAAAGUCUGAGCAUCCUCAACUACGUCCGGGGCCCUUUGCCCAAAGACAUUCCUGUGCCGCUGUCGCACAGUAUGAAUGGGAAGAACAAGCCAUGGGAGCCCUUUAUAGCUGAGGAGUUUGCACAUCAGUUCCACGAGUCCGUUUUGCAGUCUACACAGAAAGCACUGCAGAAACACAAAGGUAAUGCAAUGGCGCACACUGCAGAACAUAACCACAAAGUUGAUGCCUCCAUUCAUUAUAACAUUCCGGAGCUGCAGACCUCAACCUGGAUCUCUCCGCCACAGCAGAAUGGCCAGAAAGAUUCCCAGCAUAAGGGGUUCAUCCCACAACAACAUGACAAGGUCUCUGACUCUGAGGAAGAGGAGGAUGAAGAAGAGGAAGAGGAAGAUUACCCUAGACCCAAAUGGCAUGGGAUUGAAGCCAUCUUUGAAGCCUACCAGGAGCAUAUAGAAGAGCAAAACCUGGAGCGGCAAGUGCUUCAAACUCAGUGCAGACACUUGGAGGCUCAGCACUACAGUCUCAGUCUGACGGCAGAACAGUUGUCACACACGAUGACGGAACUAAGGAACCAGAAGCAGAAGAUUGUCUCUGAAAGGGAACGACUUCAGGCCGAACUAGAUCACUUGAGAAAGUGCCUUGCAUUGCCUGCAAUGCAGUGGUCUAGAAGUUAUUUCAAGGGGUAUCCCAGGUGACACUCCCUUGCACUAGGCCGAACCUAUAGUAUAGAAAUAAUAAUCUAUUUUAUUACCUGGAAUAUUUAAUAUUUUUCACUGGGAGGUUUGAAGCUUAAAAAGAGAGAAUGUGCCAUGCAUGAAGCAAAGAACUAUGGGAUCCAGGAAAAAAAAAUCCACACCCUUCUCUUGACUUCAAUGCAACUGAAUUUUGUAACUCUACAAGUAAUCCACUUAGAAGAACUUUAGUUUUGGUUAAAUUUAAAAAUUUAU